AUGAAAUCAAAAACGGAGAAAGCUGUUAAUGGAGAAGAUCAUAAUGAAACGGGUUUCAACACACCAGCAACGCUCAUCAAAAAUAUCUCGAACCGUUGGUUUAUCCCCUGGCCGUGGCCAACACUUCGCUCAAGUAGCAGUUCACAAACAGCGACUCAUUCACUGAGUAUGACAAAUGCCCGUGGACCUAAUUCUUCUUCGGCAACUCCGUCAACAACCGCUUCAACGGGUGCUUUGAUGGUAGGACCCAAUUUCAAGGUUGGAAAAAAAAUUGGUUGUGGCAAUUUUGGAGAACUUCGUUUAGGAAAGAAUUUGUAUAACAAUGAACAUGUUGCCAUCAAAUUAGAACCAUUGAAAAGCAAAGCACCUCAACUUCAUCUAGAAUAUCGAUUUUAUAAGCUGCUUGGCCAAAAUGAUGGACUACCUCAAGUACAUUACUUUGGGCCAUGUGGUAAAUACAAUGCUUUGGUUAUGGAAUUAUUAGGGCAUUCUUUGGAAGAUCUCUUUGAUUUAUGUGAUCGAAAAUUUUCCUUAAAAACUGUCGCUAUGAUUGCAAUGCAACUGAUGAGGCGAAUUGAAUAUGUACAUAUGAAGCAUCUAAUUUAUCGAGAUGUGAAACCAGAAAAUUUUUUGAUAGGACGUUAUUCUACCAGAAAGCAACAUUUACUACAUAUUAUCGAUUUUGGUCUUGCAAAAGAAUAUAUUGACUGUGAUACUGGUAAACAUAUUGCAUACAGAGAGCAUAAGUCGUUAACGGGAACUGCCAGAUAUAUGUCAAUAAAUACGCAUUUGGGUAAGGAGCAAAGUAGAAGGGACGAUUUGGAAGCACUGGGACAUAUGUUUAUGUAUUUCUUACGUGGUUCACUACCUUGGCAAGGUCUUAAGGCAGAUACUCUCAAGGAACGAUAUCAAAAAAUCGGUGAUACAAAGCGAGCAACUCUUAUUGAAGUACUUUGCGAAGGCUUCCCAGAAGAAUUUGCUCAGUACUUACGAUAUGCACGUCGAUUAGAUUUUUUUGAAGCGCCAGAUUACGAUUAUUGUUACAACUUAUUCAAAUCGGUGCUUGAUAAAUUGGGUUACACUUAUGAUUAUGAAUUUGACUGGACAUCGAAGCUAAAUCAAGUGUCAACAACUCCUUCUGGUUCUCUUCAUGCUGGCGAUCCCCAUAAAGGAGACGGUAAACGCAAUAGUGCAGUUAAAGGACGACAAGAUGAAACUCUAAAGCCUUCAAAUCAAACUGCAGCUACUGCACGUCAUGGUGGUGGUUUCGGUUCUACUCAAGUAAUUAAUUCUAAUGCUGGGGAAGUGAUCGAAGACAACGGUGGUCGAUCUCAACAACCUGUCGCUCAUCUUGAAGAUAAUAGCGAAGUAAAAUGUUGUUGCUUCCGACGACGAAGACGAAAGGCUGCGCAAGAAAAAUGA